CGGCUCACGAUCUAUCAUCUUCUAAUUCUAAUAAAAAUGUCUUCUUUGCUUUCCAUUAUAUUAUCCAUGUCUGCCAUAUUAUUUUUCUAAGCAUUAACUACCAGUUGCUUGGAUCACCUUUAGAGAUCAUAACACGCACUGAAUUGAGUUAUAAGUGGACAAAAGUUUAUCUUUUGUCAUACAUAUAUGAAUUAAUUUUCGUUUCUCACUCAAUUUAAGUUAAUAAACAGUGAGGUCAUAGUUUAAUAUGGUCAUGCUAUAACUUUUCACCUACACCCACUAUACACACUUUCUCAUCACUCUUUAAUUAUUAGAAAUUGUUUGCUAGCAUAUGGAAUUUAUUUUCUAAGUUUUAUGCCUACUCCAAAAGAGAAAAAUCCAAUAUUCCACAAGAAAAGUGUCAAAACAGGGAAAUUGUUAAGAAAUUUCUCAAAAGAAGAUAAAGUAAAAAGUGCUAUUUAUUUAAUUAUCUGCUCUCUAUAUAUAUUGGUAGAGAUAACCGAUCAUCAGAUUUUCAGAACUAAAAGUUUGUGCAAGAAAUUGAAGAAACCAAAAGCUUGGGCCUGUGAUAUUUUUUUCACUUUGCAAGGUGGAAGAGAUGAGGCACAUUCCCAAGUUAUACGUUUCAUCACCGCUAACGGCGUGUGCUUCAUUGGUGAAUUGAGGUUCUACAACUAGCCGCUGAUUCUCUUACUCUCGCUGGACUUUCACCGCCUGGACGCCAGCCAUUGCCAAGCAGCCGCAACCGACGCCGCCUCCCUCCACGCCAACGCUCGAGCAGUCCGACGUGCGCUGAAUUUUUUCCCCAUAGCCCACAAACCCGCGCACAGUGCAGCCCCCCACAGCCCACUGCGUCCACCUUCACCGCCUAUUCGUCUCCGACUGAUCCACCCGAAUACAGGGGAAAGUUGUGGCUUCCAUUUCAUAUGAACGUGACCUCUCACAGCCACUUCAAUGGAGUCCAAUUUGCUUGAAAUGGGUUGUCAUGCCCCAGCUUCCUUCACCGACGACAAUACCACACAUUCAAGUGACAAUCUUCUCAAUUCUUGCGACGUGGAAGGUGAAAAAGUCUAACAAGGCCAUAGAAUGUACAGAUAUUACUGAGUUUGGAAGUGAUGACACGGAUCUUGUUGAUGAGUUACCGGAUCAUAGUUGCCUUGUCGAAGAUGAAAUACCAAGAGUUGGGAUGCAAUUUGAGAAAUUGAAGCUGGUCCAGGAUUUUUAUGCGAGCUACGCAAAGAAAGUCAGUUUCAUAAGUAAGAUACAUAACACAAACUUUGACAAAAUGAUAAAGGAACUGAUUAACCAAUCUAUUCAUUGUAAUUGGAAGGGUUUCUGUGGGUCUCGUGUCAAAGCACCCACACGGAAGAAUACGGUUGCUGCCGUGGGGUGCAAAGCAAGAAUAUAUACAAAGUUUGACAGGGAGAAGUAAGAUUGGAUCUUGUUCAAGGUUAAUUUGAGGCACUUGCGCCCAUGUUCAACUAAAAAGGCGGUGCACUACCAUGAGAAUAGGGAGUUGACCAUGUAUGCGAAAUGCAUGAUUAAGGUUAAUGAUGAGGCGGGCAUUCAAACCAAGAAAACAUUUCUAGCAUUGGCUAAUUAGGUUGGUGGACCGUCGAACCUGGGCUUAUCAGAGAAGGAUGUCAGGAAUUACAUCUCAUCAAGACUCUGAUCCACUAAUGUCAAUGGAAAUGUCAAGGAGAUGCUGAAUUACUUCAUGCGAAUGACGGAGAUAAAUCCAAACUUCUUCUACACAGUGAAGUGGAUGACAAUUAUAAUUUUAGGAGUGCAGUUUGGGUGGUUGCAAGGUGUAGGGAGUCUUAUGAAUACUAUGGAGACGUGGUGUCAUUUGAUACCAUAUACAGCACGAACCGGUAUAAUUUAUUUAUGUUUUUGUUUACUUUUUUUUGUUAUUUUGUAUUAGUUGGAUGUUCAUAAAUGUGGUUGUUUUUACUUUAGGCAUGGAUUUUCGUUCGCCUCUUUCGUCGGUGUGAACCACCAUUGUAAGUCUACUUUGCUAGGCUGUGCUCUGUUGGACAGCAAGGAGAUCCCGAGUUUCGAGUGGGAGUUCACGCAAUAGCUGAAGUGCAUUGGAACUGCACCACAGGGCAUCAUCACUGACCAAUAGGUCCAUGUUUGGUGCAACUAGAAAAGUCCUACCCAAUACACACCACCGUUGAUGCAUCUGGCAUAUAACGAAAAAGAUACUGUAUAAGCUCGAAGGUUAUGCUAGGUUCAGAGAGUUGAAUGCUGAGCUUAAUCACAUUAUAUGGAACUCUCAGUCGGUUGAGGCUUUCGAGGAUGGUCGGGCUGAAUUCAUUGAUGAGUUCAAGCUACAUCACAACACAUGGCUAUUAAGUUCGUGUCUUUUAAGUUAAAUCAUGUAUCGUAGUUGCUUAGAUGUUGUUAUGUUCUUCUUUUCUGUUCUGAAAAUCUGUUCCUUAUGUGGGGUUCUGUUUUUUGAUAUUUUUUUGUUUUGUGUAGACUUGUUUGAGGACUGACGCAUGUGGGUGCCGAUCUUUUUCAAGGGUCAAUUUUGGGUUUCUAUGAGGAGUACGCAAAGGAGUGAGAGUAUGCAUGCAUUCUUUGGUGGAUACUUACAUUGCAAGACUAGCUUUGUUCAGUUCAUCCACGAGUUCGACAACGUGCUUGGAAAAAAGGAGCAGAAGGAACUAGAGAACGAUGCUGCAGACUCGAGAGGAGUAAUCCCAUGUGCAACUAGCUCAGCCAUUGAGAGACAAUUCCAACAAGAGUACACCAACGACAUGUUUAGGGAUGUCCAAACGGAGUUUGACAAGAAGACUGAUUGUAAUAUUCGUGCUGUUUAUGAACAAGGUGACUCAGCUUGGGUAAAAGUGGAAGAGGAAAUACUAGCCUACGAGAAGACCCGGUAUGUUACGCACAACGUCCAUUUUGACCAUUCGACUCAUCAGGUUUGAUGUGAGUGUAACUUGUUCGAGAGUACAGGUAUACUAUGUUGCCACUGUCUUAUAGUGUUUUUCUCUUACAAAGUGAAUAAAGUGCCUUCCUGCUUUGUUCUUUCCCGUUGGAGCAAGAACAUAAAGCGCAAGCACACCUACAUUAAGAGUAGCCACAACGUGAGACGUUCGGAUGAGAGCCACAACUUAUUAAGAGAGUUGUGUGCACACUUCUACAAUAUUGCGUAGGAAUUUGUGAAUGGUGACGAUGAAGCAGACAUGUUGCAUGCUGCGCUAGACGAUGCAAGGGCCAAGUUAGUUGAUUACCGUGCCAAGUUACGGAAUAAGACUGUCGCUGAUGCACACACUAGCAUCGCCACAGAGACUUCCUUCGUGGUGGGCACAAAGGACAUUCAAGGUCCAUCAAAGGUAACCAUAAAGGGUCGGCCAAAAGGUAAAAAGAUUAGAUAUGAGUUGGAGAAAUCAAUCAAGAAAUCAAUCAAGAAAUCCAUGUAGAGAAAGCGGAAGAGUUCAGGCCAGGUAGGUAUCGUAAUUAAUGUAAAACUUCAUGUUUUGUACAUAAUUGAUUAUGUCAAUAGUGACUUGUUUUCGUUUGAGUUUGUUUUUUUCAGGAUAAUCAUGUAGAAUCUUGUGAAAACAUAGAUUUGGAUGCUCCUGCUCGGCAGAUUGUUCCGCAAGAAGUUGGUGGAUUCAUGUCCCUAUUAAACUCUUUCGGCAAUACCUAAACUGUUUUGGAUAUAAAAUCCGCUAUGUUAUAUUAGAGGUCCUUUUUGUUGGGUGUUCGAGCUCAAUAUGUAUGUUUGAGGGUUAUUUUGUAGUCCGAGUUGUUGAUGGUCAGAUGUAUAUGAAACUGUUAUUUUUAUUCCUGAAUUGGAUGGUUAUUCAUGUUGACUAGUUUGACUUGACUACAUUUAACAAUGGCUGAAGUUACCUGGAUAUUCAACUCCGUAUGUGUGGGGAUGGUUACCCUAAUAUUAGCUUUUGUAAUUGUUUGAUUGCUUUUGGUUUAAGUAGUUACCAUUUGAGAAUCUCUAAAUGUUCAUUUUAUUAGGUACCCGGUUGGUUAUUUUGUGAAGGUAUUGGUAUGGUGUGUAUAAUUAGUUACAAGUACUUUAGGGUGCAUGUUCGAUUCACACUACAGGAAAAACGCCCAUUCAGGUACACUUGAAAAGUGUAGCCAAAAGUGAAAAAAAAUGAUGCCUUAUGCUACGACUAUGCUUUCUAGGCUACGGCUACGCUUUUUGGGG